UACAAAGUACUACCAGGCUUGAGACGAGCCUGUAGCUAUCCAUCCAGUCUUUCGUUCGCAAAGUUUACGUGAGCUCUCGCCGGAGACGUUCCGUCGAAGAUCAAAUCGAUCCUGUUGGCGCUAGUGCAAACCGAGCCAGAAGCAAAGUUCGCGUACACGUAUGUACGCCUACGUGAGGAGGCUAGGCGCGUGUGCUACUGCUAACCAAGCCAGCAGCUUGCCUGUGUGCUUGUCUAGCCAGCUUUGCACUGUGUGUGCACAGCUUCUGGUGAAUCGAUCUAGCGCUAUAAAACCAACAACCUCGCAGUUCCCCUACCUGAUAACCUCCGUCAGGGUCACCGUGUAUAAAUACUCACCCACUUGCCAGUAGCCACUCCUCUCUCUCUCUCACUGAACUGCUACUACCACCAGCUUGCCAGCAGCCACUCACCAACUUCUCUCUCUCUCUCUCUCUCUCUCUCACGCUCUCUUAGCUAGCUCGUGUCGCGCGUGAUGGGCCCUCAGCUUCUGCUCCUUCUUCUGCUCGUCGUAUCUGGAGGCGUUGCCGCUGCCGGCGCCGACGACGCCGGGCUGCCCCGACUCGAGUUCCGAGGCGUCGUCUACUCUGGCCUUGGGAACGCGUCCGUCGCGCCGGAGGAGCUGGCGUUCAUGGACGUCAUCUCCGCGGACGGCGCCUGCGGGCGCUUCGCCCGCCUCGUCGCCGAGACGGGGAACGCGCUCUCUUAGCUAGCUCGUGUCGCGCGUGAUGGGCCCUCAGCUUCUGCUCCUUCUUCUGCUCGUCGUAUCUGGAGGCGUUGCCGCUGCCGGCGCCGACGACGCCGGGCUGCCCCGACUCGAGUUCCGAGGCGUCGUCUACUCUGGCCUUGGGAACGCGUCCGUCGCGCCGGAGGAGCUGGCGUUCAUGGACGUCAUCUCCGCGGACGGCGCCUGCGGGCGCUUGGCCCGCCUCGUCGCCGAGACGGGGAACGCGGGCGCGGUCUUCCGGGAGCGCGUCACGGGCGGCGGCGGCCUCACGGUGUUCUGCCCCGAGGACAAGGCCCUCGCUGAGUUCGAGCCGACGUUCCGAAGCCUCGGCGCCGACGACCGGCUCGCCGUGCUGCUGUACCACGCCACGGCGGCAUGCUACGGCCAGUGGCGGCUCCAGGAAUUUGCAACCGGGUAUUUAUGUGUAUUCAUUUUGCUAAAAUCAUUGAUGUUUUUUAAAAAUUGUCACUCUUUUGCCAAAAUCAACUCUGUUUUGUAAAAAUCAUGGGUAUUCACAUGAAGACACAAGAAUACCCCUAGCGCCGCCCCUGGCUACGGCAGGAAGCAUUUCCAGGCGUUCGACUGGGUGGCGGUGAGCACGCUGGCCGUCGACGCGGCCACCAACAAAGGCAUCGCCAUCACCCUCCGCGAUGACGGGGACACGGUGGAGAUGUGGCCGUCGCCGCCGUCAUGGGAGGGCGCUGCCAGGGUGACCAAGACGGCGUCCGAGGAGCCCCCACUUGCCGUGUACGUCGUCGACGCCGUGCUGGUGGCGAGCCAUGUGCGACGGCUACUGGAUGGGGGCGACGAGGUGGCUGGUGACGCUGGUCUGGGCUGGUUGGACUACCGCAUGCCGCUCUGGGUAACCCUGCUACUCGUGGCCGUGGCGAACCUGGGGAACAUGGCGGACACCUUGAUCAGAUUUCUUGUCACCUUCAACUGAGGCCGCAGGAUGCACUGAACAACAUCAAGAAGAAGAAGGCCGCUCUGUUAGAGUUUUAAUCUGUCUACUUAGGUUUAACGCAGAGUCAUUGUUGGGUGGGUGUUUGCUCAUGAGUCAGUGCACGUGUUGGUACUCGGUAGUACUGUACACGCUAUGUGUUUAUUAGGUUUAGCUCGUCAUGUUGCUGCAAAUUAAAUGCCUCGUGUAUGUCGCCACUUGCCAGUCGUCAGUGGGAUGGGAAUGUAUGCUCCAGAGUCCAGCAGAGUCCCUGUCUGGUUUGCUGCUUGGCUCAUGCAUGUGCCGCAGCUUAAUUACAUCGCCUAGAAAUGAAAGGGCUCCAGUUGCCCAUGUGUAGCCAAAUCAAGUCUCUGCGUUCAUUACACCGAUAUUGCAUGUUAGCAAAGCCUAGACUUGAUUCACUUGUCCUCCAUCAGUAAAGUUUGUCUACAUUACCUGCCGGUAAAACAUCCACCGUUACUCGCCUCGUCUAGACGUGUCCUGCUUAGAUAUUGACAAAUAGCACUUGGAGGAAAUGAAAUACACAACACCAUGGACCCCACCUCUCAGCCACCCAAUACGAAAUUUUGGCAGCGCUGACUUGGUCGCGCACGAAGAUGGCGGUGCGGUGCACUUGAAGAUGAGGAUGUAGGCGGGCCUAACGUUGGUGCGUCACAAGAAGGUGGCAUGAUCAGCGCCAACACAGAGAGGCAGCGGCCCAGACAUGGAUCCGACAUCACACACGUCACCGCCCUUUGUUGUCCUCCCCGAUGGGGAGUUCCUCCACGACUAGCUCACAUGGUACCCUGGAACGCUUGUCCCUGCCAUCACGAUGCGCUCGAAUGGCAAGCUCUCAUUCAUCUUCAAGCUAUUUCCAUAGCUCCGCUGACGCCGGUGCUUUAGUUUUCUCGGUGUAAGAUCAAUGAUGAUUUUGUGAUGUCGAGAUGAUUUGCACGUGUGCUGUGCAUAUUCAACUCGUGGGUCGUGGCCACAUUUUCUCGAUCUGGUCAUUGGUGUAUGCACAUUUUCUUCCUGUGAGUGUCCAUGGGCUUCAUGGUUCAAAUGUUUAGGUGCUCGCUAGGAUGUUUAGGAUAGGGGGUUCACUUUUGGUUUCCCUUGUGCUUUUAUGUUUUCUUCCUGAUAAAAUCUUUUCCAAUGAAUAUGGAAUGCAUGACAUUUCUGGUUAACACUUGCCUUUGAAUUCAAGCAUGUUCAUUACAAAUCUGAAAUGAAUGUGUAGUGUGUUUGAAACUGUGGAAUAGUUUUACAAAGCAACUGAAACAUUUAUGUAAAUGCGAUUGAAGUUGUUGAUUUGGAAAAAUCUAUCUAAAACAUUUUCAAUAUGUAAGGAACGAAAAGGUUUGGGGUUUAAUUAGGAUCCUCACUUUGUUGAUCACAUUCUAGACAUGUUGCAAGGGUGCACAGCCCGACCCGUCACAUCACAGAGGGUAUUUGUGUCUUUAUCGUCUGCAUUGUGAAAUAAAGGAUACCCCUCCGGCCUCAGCAUCAUUGCAAUGCACGCAACCAACUUUAUUCGACCAUUUACUAGGGCUUAUGAAUUUAAAGUCAGAUGUUUUUUGUGUCUGCCUUCUAAAAAAGCAUCAUAAUUUCUUGGUGUACAUGUCAAGAGGUAGAUCCUCGCUUUGCCGAGGAGAAAGAUGCAACAAUCGUCUAAUUAGCGGUCAAAUGCGCGGAAAAUCAAGUGAAAGGUGCAUGGUACACGAACUUCUCUUUUUCGCUCACAUGGAACGCUGGUCACGUCUUUCCGUAUUUGCACAAAGGUAAAGAUCGGCGAAUCUACCUCCACGGCUUUGCUUCGCAGUACAGGAAAUUGCAUAUGUUCAUACAAUUAGUGUUAGAAUUAAAUUUAAGACAUACCAUCGAUCAUCUGAGAACCAAGCAAUUACACGAGCACAACAUCAAGAUUUGUUAA